AUGGACUCAGGUGAAGAUAACACCGUUGGUUAUCCCGGCUCCAUAGAGGACAAUGAAGCAGCUGCUGAUGUGGAAGGGAUACCCAGUCCUCAUGAAAGUGGUGAAGCAGAGGAAAAUGCAGAAGGAAGGCCAAAGAGAGCCCGGAAAAGGCAGAGAGAGGAACGGAAGCGAGAAGAAAGGAAAAGGAAGCGAAAUUCGGGAGACUCUUACGUCACUAGAAAGGGAAAGCCAAUUCCAGAGAAGCAAUUUAGCAAUCUCGAUUGUAAAUGCACCGAAAAGUGUUUUAACAAAAUAACAGAAGAAGAACUAAAAAAAAUAUUCGAAGCAUUUUGGAAAAUAGGGACAUUCUCUGCCCAAAAUGCACUCAUUUGUGCUCUUUUGAAACCAAUAUUACCGGUACGUCGUCGGCCAACCACCGCUGAGAAGAAUCGAAUAAGUUCAAAUAGGUUCUAUCAUAAUGUUGCUGGGGAAACCAAACAGGUUUGCAAGAGGUACUUCUUAGAAACAUUGAAAAUCUCAAAUGGAAGAAUGGCACGAGCUUUGGAGAAGGUCAAAAUGGGCUAUCCUCCAGGGGACCAUAAACGGGGGCCUGGUAACAAAACCUCCGAUGAACAAAUGGCACAAGUAAGAACCCAUAUUUCAGCUUUUCCUUCAUACGAAUCUCACUACACAAGAAAACACAACCCAAAUAGGAAAUAUUUAGCCAAGAACUUAAAUAUACGACUUAUGUACAAUCUGUACAAGGAGCACGUUGAAAGCCAAGGCCUUCAGUCUGUUAGGGAGCAUAUAUAUCGAAGAACUUUUAAUAACGAGUUCAAUCAGCAAUUUCACGCUUCACAUAAAGACACUUGCGUCAAGUGUGAUAUUUUUUCUAAUAAAAUCAAUAUGGAUGUGGAUAUGCCCAGCGUGCCAACGCCAACAGUGAGGUCCACCAUUACUGUGCCACGCCCUAUGGCAGCUUCAGCGCCACGAAGCCUAGCGGCAAAGCCUCCUGCAACCGCUCCUCGUAGUAGUACGCGACCACUACCACCCUCCUCAGCAACAGUCGCGGAGCCUCCGCGCAGCCGAUGUCCCCUGUGUCGGCGCUCUCAUCGGCUACAGCAUUGCAGCAUUUUCCGUGGCAUGCAGCCCUUACAACGCCAGAAAGUUGCUCUGGCUCACGGACACUGCCUGAAUUGUUUGGCGACGGCACACAACACGCAGUCAUACGUCAGUCACCCUAUGCCAACUGUGCAGCGGGCCGCCAUGCGCCAACGCUCCGCGGGCAGAUCGCAGCAGACCAGCCGUCCGGGUCGGCAAAGAAGGCUAAUAGCCCCUCCUCCAAUCAUAUCGAGGCGAAAUGAGGCAUCAUCACGGCGUCGACAGCCUCGGUCGUCAUACCACCGCUCCACUGGCCUCAGCAGUGUUGUUGCCACGCUGCAACAACUACAGCGACUGCUAGGCUAA